AUGAGUAAUCAGGGAGAUAAAACAUUAUCAUCAUAUCGUUAUCCAAUAUCACGCCCACCAAAUUUUCCAUUCAUAUCAGAUGUGCACUGCAGAUUAGCGCAUAGGCCAAUCAUAACUGGUGGUAAUGGUUUAUAUAGUCCAUAUGAGAAUUAUGUUAAAUUCGGCAAACGCAAAGAAGUCGGUGAAAUAACUUAUAGAAUACCACUGGAGAGAAACUUAAAACUGUUGCAUCCAUGUACACGUACAAACUGGAGUUUUAAGCCCGAUAAACCAGAGUUUCGUUAUACAUUACCAAACUUUCAUAGAUAUCGUCUACAAAAGCUUAUUAAACAACCUGGCGAAAUCUCUGAUGUCUAUUCACAAAACUACUGUGAAACAUGUUGUGCUAAACAUCAAGGUGGUACUUAUGGAUGUAACAGAAAUUCACUUUAUGCAACACAUGGUACUUUGCCACAAACAUAUUUUUCAGUUGGAUGUCGUGAAGAACAAGAGUUAUGCAAAGAUCAUUAUGGAUAUCUUCAUCAAAGGCUUGAUUCACAUUCAACAGGAAACUUUUGGUUAUCUAAAUAUGCAUAG